UAUCCCAGAGCAUGCGCAGAAAAGAUAGUUUUGUUUGAAGUGAUUUGCAGUUAGUCAAGCAGAUUGAGCAGCAUAGAAGCAAUAGUACAGUAUCAUUUUCCGAUGUUUUUUUGUUAAGUUAUUUGCUGCUUUUUUUUUUGCUUGAUGCAUUACUAUAAACAUGUUAGGGCAUUAUCCAAACGUAGAAAAGAGCCAGUUGGUUAGUUAUGUGGAAGAUUAUCUCGAAUGUGUGGAGUCUCUCCCUUUGGACAUACAGAGGAAUGUGUCUUUGCUACGAGAGAUCGAUACAAAGUAUCAAGAAGUUUUAACAGAAGUUGAUGAUGUCUAUGAGAAAUAUAAAAAAGAGACUGACCUGAGUCAGAGGAGGAGACUGCAGAAUCAUCUCCAGCGAGCGCUAAUCAGUAGCCAGGAGCUGGGAGAUGAGAAGCUCCACGUGGUCACUCAGAUGAUGGAACUGGUGGAGAACCGGGCCAGGCAGAUUGAAGCCCAUUCGGAGUGUUUCCAGGAGCUUCAAGAGGUUGAAAAGCCUGUGGAGAAAGCGAAACCAGAGGUCAUCCCACCGGAGAGGCCUUCAACCAGACGAAUCCGCCGGCAACGCAACAGCGAAAGCCGUGAAUCGUGCCACAUCGCCAACGGGGUGGCGGCGGUGGUGGAGGAGGAAGCCAGUGAGGAGCAGCCGCCCAAGGAGAAGAAAUCAAAAUCGGCCAAGAAGAAAAAGCGAUCCAAAGCCAAGCAAGAGCGAGAGGUCUCUCCAGUCGAGUUUGCCAUCGACCCCAACGAACCCACUUACUGCCUGUGCAACCAAGUGUCUUAUGGUGAAAUGAUAGGGUGUGACAAUGAACAGUGCCCCAUCGAGUGGUUUCAUUUCUCAUGUGUUGGACUCACCUAUAAGCCCAAGGGAAAGUGGUACUGUCCCAAAUGCAGAGGGGAUAGCGAAAAGACAAUGGACAAAAGCAUUGAGAAAACUAAAAAAGAUAGAAGAUCGAGGUAGUGACAUCCAUCGACACUUUUGUUUUUUUGUAUCGUUACAUUUUCUUUGCAGGUAAAACAAUCUUUUAGAACUGAUGCAUAUGACUAUGCAAUACUUUUUAAUCAGUAGUAUUAAUUAGAUAUUAAAGGUGCCGUACUUUUAAGUCUCGUCUUUUAAGUGAAUUGUCUGUUGCUGCACUUAACCAAAAGGAUAAUGCAAGUUGUGCCAGGGUGCUCUUGCAACAAAAAGAACAAUGCGUCAUAGCAUCGACCAGAAAGAAAACCUCCAUUUAACCUUAAGAUUACAUAAGGGUAUAUAUUUAAAAAUAAAGAAAUACUGCCGUUACUUUGUACAGUAGGAACUUUUUGUUUAGUCAGAUUCACAUUUUGUUUAAAACUUUAUAAACUUUGUGAAGGUUACAAACUAGCUUGCAUUCACAGUAUUUAUAGAUCAUGCUCAAAAGACAAUGCUCUACUUUUUUGUAAAGUUGUAAAACAAACCAUUGGCCAUUUUUAAUGUCUUCCAAGGCAAAUGUCACUGUUUUUAGUAUAUUAUUUGGUAUUUACUAAUUUAAUUGUUACUUUUUGCAGUAUUUAAAUAAAACUGUGACCGUGAUACCUAUUUGUUGGUUUUUU